UGUGUGUGUGUGUCCUCUCUCUCUCUCUCUCUCUCUCUCGCUCUCUUACUCUCUCUGUGUUCACGUUGGGUGGGAACACACAUCAGGGAUUGUAGCCGUCCGGAUUUAAAUCGGGACGUUUACAAAUGACUGGAAAUCACCACCGAACAGGACCACCACCCACCCCGAGCUCGCCCGAUGCCCGCUGUAAUUUAGCUCCCUGUUAACACCGGCACGCGUCUGCCCACCGAUUGACUUCACGAGCGCCGGGCAGCAACAUAAAGAAGAAUGGAGGCGUUUUUCGCAGAGGGGGCCCGUGUGUGGGUCAAGGAGAAGGAGCAGCUGGUCCCCUCUACUGUCAGCUCCUGUGGUGACGGAACUCUGGUCCUCACUACCGACUAUGGAGAGGUAUUGUAUCUCCAGCAGGCUGAGGUGACUAGAGAGAGAGUGUACGCUAUGCAUCAGUCCAGUAUAGAUGGGGUGGAGGACAUGUCCACUCUGGCAGAACUACACGAAGCUGCCAUCAUGCACAACCUCUACCAGCGCUACCAGAAGGACAGCAUCUAUACCAACAUAGGCAGUAUCCUGGCAGCGGUGAACCCUUAUAAACAGAUCCCAGGCAUGUAUGACCUAGAUAGAGUUGAGCUGUACAGUCGACACCACAUCGGAGAACUCCCGCCCCAUAUCUUCGCUGUAGCCAAUGAGUGUUACCGCUGCAUCUGGAAACGACACGACAGCCAAUGCGUCCUCAUCAGUGGGGAGUCGGGGGCUGGUAAGACAGAGAGCACCAAGCUGCUGCUCCAGUUCCUGUCUGUGAUGAGCCAGAACUCUGCUGGGACGCCUCCUUCUGAGAAGACCACACCAGUGGAGCAGUCCAUCGUUCAGAGCAGUCCUAUCAUGGAGGCGUUUGGGAAUGCCAAGACAGUGUACAACAACAAUUCUAGUCGCUUUGGGAAGUUCAUCCAGCUCCACUUCUCCCAGAGCGGGAACAUCCAUGGUGGAUGUAUCGUUGACUAUUUACUGGAGAAGAACCGCGUGGUGAGACAGAACCCUGGAGAACGGAACUACCACAUCUUCUACGCCCUGCUGGCCGGAGCCAACAAGGAACACAGGGAGCUGUAUUUCCUGGAUGACCCUCCUGAGUCAUUCCACUACCUCAGCCAAUCAGGCUGUCUCAAAGACAAGAGCCUGGACGAUAAACAGCUCUUCAACAGUGUCAUGGAGGCGCUGAAGGUGAUGGAGUUCACUGAGGAGGAGACCAGAGACGUGUUCAAACUGCUGUCUGGAGUCCUACAGCUGGGCAACAUUCAGUUCAUGACCGCCGGAGGAGCGCAGAUCACCACCAAACAGGUGCUCAGUAAUGUCAGUGAGCUACUUGGGCUGGACUGCUUCCAGCUGUCUGAGGUGCUGACGCAGAGAUCCAUGAUCCUCAGAGGAGAAGAGAUAUGCUCUCCGCUCACCAUAGAACAGGCGGUGGAUUCCCGGGACUCUGUCUCCAUGGCUCUGUAUUCCCAGUGUUUUUCCUGGAUCAUUCUCCGGAUCAACCAGAAGAUCAGAGGGAAAGACAACUUCAAGUCCAUCGGAAUACUGGACAUCUUCGGCUUCGAGAACUUCCAGGUGAAUCGGUUUGAGCAGUUCAACAUCAACUACGCCAACGAGAAGCUGCAGGAGUACUUCAACAAACACAUCUUCUCUCUGGAACAACUGGAGUACAACAGAGAGGGAGUCCAGUGGGAAGCCAUAGACUGGAUGGAUAACGCUGAGUGUCUGGACCUCAUAGAGAAGAAACUGGGGAUGCUAGCAUUGGUCAACGAGGAGAGUCGCUUCCCCAAAGGGACAGACUUCACACUGCUGGAGAAACUACACAGCAGGCACUCUACAAACCCUUACUAUGUGAAGCCUCGACUGGCUGACCAUCAGUUUGGCAUCAGGCACUAUGCUGGAGAGGUUCUGUAUGAUGUCACCGGGGUUCUGGAGAAGAACAGAGAUACAUUCAGAGACGACAUCCUCAACAUGCUGAAGGAGAGCAGACUGGACUUCAUCUAUGAUCUGUUUGAGAGAGUGGGCAGCAGGAACAGUGAGGAGACUCUGAAGAUGGGAACAGCCAGACGCAAGCCUACCGUCAGCUCACAGUUUAGGGACUCUCUCCAUUCUCUCAUGGGCACUCUGAGUGUGUCCAACCCCUUCUUCGUGCGCUGCAUCAAACCCAACAACGAGAAGAACCCGAGUGUGUUUGACCCGGAAGUGGUUCUGAACCAGCUGAGGUAUUCUGGAAUGUUAGAAACCGUUAAGAUCCGCCGGGCCGGCUUCCCUGUCCGCAGAACCUUCAAAGAUUUCUUCAGCCGGUAUCAGAUCAUUCUGCAAGAGAAGGGGGGUGGAGCGGGGGAUGAUAAGAAGAGGAGUACAGACCUGCUGACCAAAUACGACCGUGCCAAGAAGGAGUGGCAGCUGGGAAAGACCAAGGUGUUUAUGAAGGAGUCUCUGGAACAGCGUCUGGAGAAAGAGAGAGACGAGGUUCGCCGUAAAGCAGGCAUGGUCAUCAGAGCCCACAUCCUCACCUACACCGCCAGGAAGCACUUUAAGCGUGUGAAGGGGAGCGUCAUCACCCUCCAGGGGUACCUUCGUACCCACAUACAACGGAAAUGGUUUCUACGGCGAUGCUUGGCGACGCGGGUACUCCAAAAACACAGACGAGGACAGGUGGCCCGCGCAAGCUGCCGUCAACUCAGAGACGAGAGGAGGAAGAGAGAGGAGGAGGAGAGGAAGAAGAGAGAACAGGAGGAGGGAAAGAAGGAGGGAGAGGUGGAAGGAGAGAAGGGGGGAGGAGUAGAAGCAAAGGCUGCUCAGGGUUCUGAGAAAAAGGAAGGAAAGACGGAAGAAGAGGCCCGUCAGAUGGAGGAGAUAUUGCGUAUAGAGUUGGAGAUCGAGCGCCUACAGAAACAAAGGGAGGAUGGGGUCUCCCAGCUCUGUGAGUCCUCCAGGCAGGAGCUCCGGCUACGCCGGGACGCAGAGAUCAAGAGGCUGAAGAAGGAGGCCUCUCGUAAGGCCACAGAACUAAUCGACCUCCUGGACUUUGGAGGUCUGGAUCCUAGUUUAGCCACCGCGGCUAGCGCUAGUGUAGAGCUGCUCCAGGAGGGCCCAGCCAUGGCCACGGCCGUAACCCAGGAGGAGGAGGUGGACGAGGGCUUCCAUGCCGAGGAGGAGUGCACUGUCCCUCUCCUCCCAGACUUCCCUCCUCCAGCCGAGGCUGACGCUGCCGUGGACCAGGAUAUGUUCGCCCACCUGCCGCCCCCUCCACCUGCCUUCGCUGAGGGCUCUACUGCUACACCACCUCCCCCUCUCCUCGAUUCAUCCUCACCCACUCCCGUCCCUCCCCCGCCUCCCCCCUUACCAGUUGAAGAUGGCUCUGCCACCCCUCCCCCACCAUUGCCUCCUGGAGAGGGGGAGGGAAAAGGAAAAGAGGGGGAGAAAAAAGAGGGUGAUGGAGGGAGGACAACGAGUAUCUUGAGCCUCGGAGAAGGGGAGGAGCCGAUCUACAGCAUGCCGGUCGACAGCGGCGAAUCAGAUUACGACGAGGAGGAGGGCUCUGUCACCGCGGGAGACGAUGGUUCCGCAUCCGGGCAGAAUAGCAACAGAGGCAGCGCGGCCAUGACGGAGGAAGAAGCUCUGAGGAAGUCCACGUGCACCAACGCCAGCAUAGAGUCAUACAGGGGCAGCUCUGACUCAUACAUAGAGAGUGAUGAUGAGCAUGAUGAGCUGUUGGACACAGAUGAGGAGGUACACAACGGCAGGGUCACUCUUCUCAAUGGGAACGGACCUCCGUACUUCCAUAGUUACCUCUACAUGAAGGCUGGUCUGAUGAUUCCAUGGCGCAGGCGGUGGUGUGUGUUGAAGGAUGAGACCUUCAUGUGGUUCCGCUCCAAACAGGAGUCCCUCAAGUCUGGCUGGCUCCAUAAGAAGGGAGGAGGACUGUCCACUCUGUCCCGCAGGUUGGGGAACUGGAAGAUGCGAUGGUUUGUUCUGAGGGAACACAAACUGAUGUACUUUGACAGCGACAGCGAGGAGAAACUGAAGGGAACCAUCGACAUCCGCGCCGCCAAAGAGAUCGUGAACAACCAUGAGAAAGAGAAUGCGUUGAACAUCGUGACAGAUGAGAGGACGUACCAGGUGUUUGCUGAGUCGCCAGAAGAUGCCAGUGCGUGGUAUAACAUCCUCAGUAAGGUCCAUGUGUAUACUCCCGAGCAGCUGAUGGACAUGUCUCAUGAACAGGCCAACCCCAAGAACGCUGUGGGAACUCUGGACGUGGGGCUGAUUGACUCAGUCUGUGCCUCUGACAACCCAGACAGGCCCAACUCCUUUGUGAUCAUCACAGCGAACCGUGUGAUCCACUGUAACACUGACACUCCAGAGGAGAUGCACCACUGGAUCAGCCUGCUGCAGAAACCUAAAGGAGACGCCAAGAUAGACGGACAGGAGUUCCUGGUUAGGGGUUGGCUCCAGAAGGAGAUGAAGACAGGAACUAAGAGUAAUGUUCUGAAGCUGAAGAAACGCUGGUUUGUGUUAACCCAUAACUCCCUGGAUUACUACAAGAGCUCUGAGCGAAACUCCUCCAAGAUGGGAACCCUCGUCCUCAACUCCCUCUGCUCUGUCUUUCAACCUGAGGAACGAGUGCACAGAGAGACAGGGUACUGGAACAUCGUAGUGCACGGUAGGAAGCACUCGUAUCGCCUCUACACGAAGAUGCUGAAUGAAGCUCUGAGAUGGAUAGCAGCCAUACAGGCAGUGAUAGACAGCAAGACACCCAUAGAAACACCGACACUACAGCUCAUCAGAGAUAUCAAGGACAGCAGUCUGAACCCUGAGGCAGUGGAGCAGACCUACAGGAGGAAUCCCAUCCUCAGAUACACUCAGCACCCUCUACACUCCCCCCUACUGCCACUACCCUACGGAGAAGUCAUCCAGAGACAGCAGGGCUAUGCCAGUCUUCAGGAUGAAGCGAUCCGAGUGUUUAACUCUCUUCAGGAGAUGGAGACUCUGGCAGACCCUGUUCCUAUCAUACGGGGGGUACUGCAGACCUGUCAGGACCUGAGACCUCUCCGAGACGAGGUAUACUGUCAGGUGAUCAAGCAGACCAAUCACGUACCUCAGCCCAAUCAGCCCAAUCAGCGGGCUCAUUGGCACCUCCUCACCUGUAUGAGCUGUACCUUCCUCCCAAGCCGGACCAUCCUCAGAUACCUGCGCUUCCACCUCAAAAGGGUGCGAGAGCAUUUCCCCAACACAGAGAUUGAGCGUUAUUCUGCUUUUAUCAAUGAGUCUCUGAAGAAGACCAAGACCAGGGACUUUAUUCCGUCUCAGGAGGAGAUCGUGGCCCUACUGGUGAGGCAGGAGAUGACAACUACAGUCUACUGCCAUGGAGGAGGCUCCUGCAAGAUCUCUAUCAAUUCACACACCACUGCUGGAGAGGUGGUGGAGAAGUUGAUCCGCGGCCUGGCCAUGGAGGACAGUAGGAAUCUGUUCUCUCUGUUUGAGCACAACAAGGUGACGGACCGAGCUCUGGAGAGCAGGGUCAUAGUGGCUGAUGUCCUCGCCAAGUUUGAGAGGCUGUCAGGGACUGAGGAGGAGGAGGAGGAAGGACAGUGGAGACUCUAUUUUAAACUUUACUGUUUCCUCGACAUGGAGAGCAUGCCUAAGGAGGGGGUGGAAUUUGCUUUCAUGUUUGAGCAGGCCCAUGAGUCUCUGAUCAGUGGUCACUUCCCGGCCCCAGAGGAAACUUUGCAGCAGCUAGCCGCUUUACGGCUACAGUAUCUCCAUGGAGACGGGGCCAGCCGCGCUGGGUGGAGCCUCGGUACUGUUUACCCAAUGGGGCGCCUCCGCUCGCGCAUCUUCCACUCCACCAAACAGGGAGGCGUGGCAGGAGGAGAGGCAGGAGGAGGGCAGGUGGGAAGUGUCAAGGGGGACGGGCAGGAUAGAAGGAGAACCCCCAGCUUCCUGGAUGGAAGUCUGAGGCGCAGCUUCAAGACGGGCUCGCUGAAGAAACAGAAGGAGGAAGAGGGGCAGCAGGUAGAGAUGUGGGUGAAGGAGGAGACAUCGGCCACCAGAGCCCAUGUUCUGGAUAAAUGGACCAAGUUACAGGGACUCGCCCAGCACCAGGCUCUGCUCAAAUACAUGUCCAUCGUCAAAGAGUGGCCCGGAUAUGGCUCUACACUGUUCGACGUGGAGUGUAAGGAAGGAGGUUUUCCCCAUGAUCUGUGGCUGGGUGUGAGUGCUGACAACCUGUCUGUGUAUAAGAGAGGGGAACCCAAACCUCUGCAGACGUUCCAGUAUGAGCAGAUCACCUUCUUUGGAGCUCCACAACCCUGCACCUACCAGAUCACUGUCGACGGCAACGACUUGUUCUUCCACACUCCAUUGGUGAUGGAGAUUGCUAAGAUCAUGAAAGCCUACAUCAACAUGAUGGUGAAGAAACGCUGCAGCAUCAUGUCUGCCUCCAGCGUCGCCAGCACCUUUGUCAGGUGAUCAACAACCAGUUGUUGUUUUGGUGGAGUCAGCUGAUCUUGGAAAGGGGUAACCACAAAACAGCGGACAGUCAAGGAUCUAAAAUGGCAUCCGAUUUCACAAAACUAAAAGGGGAUGGACACUGCAGCUAACUAUUCUAGACUUGGGAAUUGGGUGGAUUGGGUUAAAUAUCUGUUUGUUAACAAUGAGCAUGGAAAAUGACCCAUUUUGGGGAGGACAACUCCAGCACCUCCCAACCCCCAGUUAUCCUGCAUGUCACUGUCUUACAGACAGCAGGUCCAGCACAUUCUAACUCAACCUUACUUCAUCUAAAUAUCUCUAUUACUCCUUUUAUAUCAAUCUCUAAUCUCUCUCUCUCCUCUGUCAUCCCUCUCUCUGUUCUCUCUGGACCAAACCCAUACCAACGACAAGCACAAUAGCCCAGUCAAGCCAUACCACCCGCAAAGCCCCUGUCGCCCCCUUCUCAACCCAAUAGCACACCCCCGGUCGCAGUCCCAACACACUGCCAGCUAGGAGAGAUCAAAUGAAGCCUGUUACUAUUUCUAUCUUCCUUCCUCUGUCUCUUACCCUCUCUCCCCCAUUUGAUAUAACUCUCUCUUUCUCUGUCUGUGUGUCCCCCAUUUUGCCUGCUUCACUCUCUUUACAGUUAAGUGUUAAUUUAUUCUCUGUUGCUUGCUUCCUUUCCUCUCUAUUUCUCUCACUCAAUCUCUCGUUCAUCUGUUGUUAUCCGUGGUGACUGAGAUAAAGGACUGUUUUGUGUUUUCAUCUCGGGGUCGAAUCAGAUAAUCCGGUCCCUUCCUCAUCAGACUGCACAGUACUUACUUCCUGUGUCAACGGAAGUGACAUCACAUAUGGUCAAAUGAAGUGGCCUCAAACAAACCCCCUCAGAGAACCAGGGCUGGAGGCCCAACCAGGGCUGGAGGCCCAACCAGGGCCAUCUCCCCGGGAUCAUCCUGACUCAGAGGCUCUUUCAAGGGGUAGCUGUCUGGCUCGGUCUGGGGGGGGGGGGGGGGUCUCUCCAUGGGAGGAGAAUGAAAAAUGUUGACUACAAGAUCAACCAAGGGAGAUUGAGAGAGCUUUCUCCUAUAAAAUGUCUACAUACUAUGAACACCACAUAUAUUACAUAUUCAUGUCCAACCUACACAUACACACAUACACUAAUCAAACACUUAUCAUUUUUGAAUAUCGCACCUCAUAGGAACCCUACAUAGAUUUUGGUGGUCUCUGUACUGUAUGUAUAUAAAUAUCAUUAUAAAUGCCAUUUGAUUAAUUUAUUGUAUGUGUAAACUAAAUGCGAAGGAACAGAGAUAUUCACUGCUGUAUGUCUAAUAUGCCAACGCACCCUUAUUCACUAGCAGUGCCAUCUGACAAAAUCACAGAUAUAUAGAGGGGUUUCACUUCUUGAUGUAGAAUGGGUAGAGUUCAGUCGCGGCGGCCAUAUUGGUAAGGCGGUUUGGGAUGGUUGCCUACAUGCGUUUCUCUGUGCUCUAGUGAAAUGUAGCCUUCGUAUCAUCCUUCUGGCUCACGUUUCCAUAUCGGUGGGUACUUUUUUUUUUUUAAACAUGAGGAAUCUACAAUCUUGUCUUCUCUACCCAUUCUGUUUCUAUGCUAUGUGACUGUUAUCGAGUUCAUGAGUGAAUAGAACCUGUUUUAAGUCAUGUGACUAGUGUACUGUACGUUCCCAGUGUCUCCCGUCCUGCAGUGCUGUGUUUGGAAUGCUAACGUGAGCGUGUGUAUCUGUGUCAUAAUGCAAGUGACUAACUAACUACCCCACCGGGGGGAAGAAGGGAACCAUAUGAAGAAAAGAAAGAAAGUGUGUUGUUGACAAAUAAGAGUAUUAUCUAUCUGGAUAACCUUUAUAAGAGAAUGGUGUUGUGAUUUUAAAUGGGGAAGAGUUUGGGAAUGGAAGAAGGGAGGGAGAGGGGAGGAUGGGGUAUUUAUUUGUUAGAAUUAUUGCAGAUGGAGGGAGGGGAUAUGGUUACCGUAUGGAAUUCUGUGAAAGAAGAGAAGAUCACACAUUGAGGAGGUAUGCAUCUUGGAAAUAGGAAUUCAGAAUUCUGGGAACAUGGGAAUUGUGUUUGUUUCUGACUGAGUGUCGUCACUGCUUGUGGGCCUAAGCCCACUGGAGGACCAGUCUAUAGAAUCAGAAUGACUGGAAAAGACAUUCCAUCCAGUGUUCCACUGGACCAUUUGGAAUGACUGAAAAAUCCUCUUUUUGCGGGCCAGUGUAGCCUACAUGAAUACAUGUUUUUGGCAGACAGGCGGAAUGUCAAUUAUCAUCACAUCCAGUGAAAUUCGGGAACUGUGUCCUAUCUAGGUAUUCUCUUUCAAUGGCCCUGCCUCUCACACUGCUAGUACACAAAGUAAGAUGAAGUUGCCUCUUGACACUUAUCUAAGGCAGUGGAGGUUGCUGAAGGGAAGAAGGCUAGUAAUAUUGGCUGGAACUGAGCAAAAGGAAUGGCAUCAAACACAUGGAAACCAUGUGUUUGAUGUAUUUGAUACCAUUCCAUUGAUUUUGCUCCAUUACCACAAGCCCAUCCUCCCCACUUAAGGUGCCACCAACCUCCUGUGAUCUAAGCUCAAUUUUGCGUUUCACACCCAAAUGGUAAGGGUAAGCUGAUCCUAGAUCUGUGUCUAUGAGCAAUCUCUAUACCCGGGGUCCUUUUCCAGCCGCAGGCGGCCAGAGUAGGGCCUGACUGUAAUCUGUCAUGGUUCAUAUUAAUUAUUAUCAUUAUAUAUUGAAACAUUGUGAUUGUUUUGAGAGAAAAAAAGAGAAAGAGAGAGAAAAUUGUUGUUCUUUUUUUUGUAACUGGCUUUACAAACUUAUGAUUUAAUAAAUUAUCGGAAAUUG